AUGGAGGACUCUGAAAGUAUUUCUUCGGAACCGGACGCGUUUGCUCAAGAGAUAAAAGAAACUUUAAAGAGAACACGUCUAAAUGACUCCUCCUUGGUUUCGGUUGUAGCGUUUGUAGGCUUUACUCAAAGUGGAACAACACCAAAUAUGGCUUCUACAACGUGUUGUAUCGACCAAGAAUGCAAUUGUGCUCAAAAACGGGCUAGUUUAUUGAUUGGAGAUGAUAGUAAUCACGGCUUAUGGAUUUAUACGGAUCAUGUGAAAAACACUAUAUACUUGUUACUUGAUUCCAUUAAUGAAUGGGCUUCAUUUCUGCAAAUAUGGGAAAAUAUAGAUGACUCUAUUGAGAGUGGGAAAGAAUUUCAGGAUUGGUUAUGGAAACAGGAACACUUGUAUAUGAGAAUGUUGGUGUUUAUGUUCAUGGUUUCUCAUGUUGUGAUGCUAUCACUCCCGAUAUCCAAACUUGAUUCUAACAUGGUUUCUUUAUUACGUAUUGUUUCUUCUGUUAAACGACACAUAAUUUCUCAUGCCUCUAAUUUUAUCAAUACAUGCUGGCAAAAUUGGGGAAUCCCUUCUCCUUAUGGAUCGACAAGUGGUGGUGGUUAUGGGGGGCGAGGAGGUACUCCACAAGGAGGUACAAUGGCCCCAGGGAGAUCUGUUCCAUUUCUUCUCUUUCUAUUUCAAGAAGUUCAGUUACCAGUCGUCAUUCAUAGUGAUUCCAACAAAUCGGAUGCUGUUCAUGACAAAUCGGCAUCUAUUAGUAUCAAAAGAAUUAAAGAUGCAUUGCAAGCUCGCGUUCGUUUCCUAUUUCGUACUUGCCAUUUAGUACAAACCAACGAUUUACAUGCGUCUUUUGACGGCAAUAUUGACCUAUAUAAAUAUGAAGAUCUAUAUGUAUACGGGCCAGAUACUCAACAACAUGCUUCAUGCCUUAGUCGUCAACUGUUCACUCUUCCUCCACCUUCUUCCCAAUUCUUUGUUCAUCUCAUUACUCGUGGAUCUACGGGAAACAUGCUGUCAGCAGAUCCCGCUCUUGUCAUUCUUUCUGCAUCCAUAAAUUCUGAUCGAAACGAUAUAAUUGAUAUAGAGGGAUUAUUGAAGAGAAGGAGGUUAGAUGCGAGAAGUACUGAAAAUUUCGAGAUUAAGUUGUUGAGGGAUUUCGCUAUAGGUUGGAUUAAAUGGGCGGGAACUGGUUAUCCAAGAAGUUUUGUGAAACGUGGUAUUGCGUCAAGUGAGUUGCCUGAUGCACGACAAUGGGUAUCUGGUAUUAUUGCUCUUAAAGGAUUUUUGUUUGCACAGCUUCCGAAAGAAUUAAUAGAUCGCAAAGCUUCUAAUAUUGUGGAGGAUACAUUAGCAAGGCGCCUAAAAGAUUGUAUACAAAUUAACAACAGAUUCUCAGCAAGUCAUUGUGCCCAGGUUUUGAGGAAAGCGGUUGAUGUGUAUUUACUAGAAUCACCGACUUAUUAUACCAAACAAUAUCAUGAAAUUAAACUAGAACAUGCCUUGGGUUUCUAUAUGUCAUCUGCGCGUGGUCCAUGUGUUCAAGAAUAUGCACAGAAAUUGAGACUCGAAUGUCAGAAUAUAUGGGAGCAUGGAAGACAGAAAUGCGAGUAUGAAAGUCUUACAGGACAUCAAUGUGUUUUAGGGGCAAAUCAUGAUACUGAUUCCAAGACAGACGAAAACGCCAAAAAGCUUGUCAAACAUAGAAGCGCUUUUCAAACGCUUCAUGCAUGUAAUUGUGGUAGGACUCGCCGAGAAAGAGAAGAUCCUUUUGAUCUUUUGGAGGCAAACAUCAAAUUUUUUAAAUUUGACGAUUGUUGUCAAACUGAAGAUGAUAACUUGUUUCAUUUGCCUCUUGUUAAAAACAAGCCAUCCGACAAAAAUAUGUGGUCUCUCAUUCAUCUUGGGUCAAGUACUAUUUAUGAUCCAAAAGUAGGUUUAGACAAAUGGGAUGGAUUUGUGACAAAUGCAAAUUUCCUUCUAUCCUGGAAUAUCAUGCUAUCCGAGCACAAUCAAGCGGACACUGCACAAGUUAAGGAUGUAAAUGGAUUAGGAACAGAUGCAGUGGAUUUGUAUAAUAUGAAUUGUGAAAUUGACGAAAGGAGGAUUUCCACUGUACCAAAUAAAGCUGGAAAGGAAACAUUCGAAGCGAGCAAGAUUAUAAUUAAGGAUUCCACAGAUUGGCCAUUGUUAACGAGUGAAAAUGCUGCACAACCCUGGAUGGCACAAUUGGAUUUUAACGGCGAUUCGAAUGAAAAUGUUCAACAGAUAUCUCAUGAUACUAACAAUAUUCAGUCAUCUUCAAAGGACUCUAAAAAUGGUGAUUACUCCAAAGACAAGCGAAGCAGGCGAAGCACAAAAAUCGCACAAAAAAAGGAACGCGAAAAAACACCCGCAAACACAUCGCUCAAUAAUCAGAAUUUCAGUCGAGGUUAUGUUGGUGUUGAAUAUGAAUGUCCUAAUGGGCAUAGAUUUAUGAGUUGUGGAGAAGGGCAAGUUUGCAAACACGGACAUAUCAAUCAUGCUCAGGAAUCAGCAAAAGAUCUUUUAGAAAAGGAUUUACCAAUCUUUAUUUUAUGCCCUUGUAAUAACACUUUGAAUGGACCACCCACUGUCACGGCACAACUACAAAGAAUCAUAAUAGUAACCCCUGAUCCACCUUUAUUAGCGAUACUGAACCCUUCGAUCAAGGAUCUUAAUAAUCAAGAUGUUGAGAUGUCCCCAAUUUUGAAUCUUGAUGACAGACAACAAUCACAAAUCAAUGAGAUUAUUCUGCCUAGUAAAAGCAUGACAGUUUUGCGUUUACCGUAUCCUUUUUGA